AAUAUCUAAGAAUCUAAAAUUUGUUUUCUACAAUUAAAUCUAGUAAUGAUAAAUAAUUACCAUUUACCAAUACCCUUACCCUAACCAACUCUAAACCUCUCAGCUUCCCUCACUCAUAUGGAAUUCUGAGGAUCGAAUUGAUGAAGUUCGUUCCAGAGAAAGACUGUCAAAACUCGCUAAUGGACUUGCUAACGAAGGAUAGUCACCCUGGUGUUGCUGGUAGUUUUAUUGAUCAAAGGGCUGAUAUAUGUCAUGCAGAAGGGGGUAGUAGAAAUAUGGCUGAUCUAGUUAAUGUGGUACAUGAUCGAGAUGUAGGAACUGUUGCCUCUGCGUCGAGCAGUUUUCUACUUGAAGGAGACAUUGAUAUUGGUCCUGACAAGGAUCUUCAGUUUGAGUCGCAUGAAGCUGCAUACAAAUUCUACCAAGAAUAUGCCAAAUCUAUGGGAUUUACGACCUCAAUAAAGAAUAGCCGACGUUCAAAGAAAUCAAAAGAUUUUAUCGAUGCAAAGUUUGCUUGCUCCCGAUACGGGGCCACCCCAGAAUCUGAUAUUGGUAGCAGCCGGCGGCCUGGUAUCAAGAAGACCGAUUGUAAGGCUAGCAUGCAUGUUAAGAGAAACAAGUAUGGGAAGUGGGUCAUACACGAGUUCAUAAAAGAGCAUAACCACGAACUUUUACCAGCCCUUGCAUAUUAUUUUCGUAUACACAGAAAUGUGAAAAUGGUUGAAAAGAAUAACAUUGAUAUACUUCAUGCUGUUAGCGAACGAACAAAAAAGAUGUAUGUUGAUAUGUCAAGACAGUCUGCUAGUUUUCUAAAUGAUGGAUUCCUAAGGGAUGCACAUGGUUCUCAGUUUGAUAAAGGAAAUCAGUUGGUUUUAGAUGAAGGGGAUGCCCAAUUUUUACUUGAUUAUUUCAUGUGUGUUAAGAAAGAAAAUCCUAAAUUCUUUUAUGCUGUACAUUUGAAUGAAGAACAGUAUCUUAGGAAUUUCUUCUGGGUUGAUGCUAAAAGUAGGAGUGACUAUUCAAGUUUCAGUGAUGUUGUCUCUCUUGAUACCUCUUAUAUAAGGACAAACGACAAGUUGCCACUCGUUCUCUUUGUAGGAGUGAACCAUCACUUCCAGACUAUGUUGCUUGGCUGUGCCUUGAUUGCAGAGGAAUUGACGUCAACAUUUGUUUGGCUACUGAAGACUUGGGUCAGAGCAAUGGGAGGGGGUGCACCUCAGGUGAUUAUUACUGAUCAGCAUCCUUCUAUAAAGUCUGCCAUCCAGGAAAUCUUCCCUGAUACGCGUCAUUGUUUUCAUCUAUGUAAUGUUCUGGAGAAAGUUCCAGAAAAUCUUGCACACGUCACUAGACGACAUGAAAAUUUUCAUAGAAAAUUCAAUAAGUGCAUAUUUAAGUCAUGGUCCGAUGAACAGUUUGAGUUGAGAUGGUGGAAAAUGGUUACUAGGUUUGAUCUUCAGGAAGAUGAUUGGGUAAGGUCAUUGUACGAAGAUCGUAAGAAGUGGGUUCCUCUGUAUAUGAGUGGUAUAUUCUUGGCAGGAAUGUCCCCUGCACAUCGUUCUGAAAGUGUAAAUUCAUUUUUUGAUAAAUACAUUCAAAGGAAACUUACUUUGAAAGAGUUCGUUAAACAGUAUGGUGUAGUUCUACAAAAUAGGUAUGAAGAAGAGGCAAUAGCAGAUUUUGAUACAUUGCACAAGCAACCUGCACUGAAGUCUCCUUCACCCUGGGAGAAGCAAAUGUCAAUUAUAUAUACACAUGCAAUAUUCAAAAAAUUUCAGGUCGAAGUUCUGGGUGUGGUUGGUUGUCAUCCUAAAAAAGAAGGUGAAGAUGGGACAUCUAUAACUUAUCGAGUGGAAGACUGUGAAAAGGCUGAAACUUUUUUUGUGGCAUGGGAUGAAACAAAGUCUCAGGUAUCUUGUUUGUGCCGUUCAUUCGAGUACAAAGGUUUUUUGUGUAGACAUGCAAUGCUUGUUCUCCAAAUUUGUGGUAUCUCUAGCAUACCAUCUCAGUACAUAUUGAGGAGGUGGACAAAAGAUGCAAAAACCAGGCAAUUAAUGGUAGAAGGAACUGAGAGAUUGCAGACCAGGGCACAGCGCUAUGUGUCCUUGUGUAAGCAAGCCAUUGGAUUGAGUGAAGAAGGAUCAUUAACUCAAGAUAGUCACAGCAUUGCCCUGCGAACAUUGGUGGAUACUUUGAAAAAUUGUGUUAGUAUGAAUAACAUCCACAGAAGCGCUACUGAACUUGGGGACUCUUAUUGUGCUCAUGAUAUUGUUCAAACAUUCCAGGAAAAUAUAUCAACUAGAACAAGCAAAAAAAAGAAUGUGGUGAAGAAGAGAAAGGUAGCUUCAGAAACAGAUGUAAUGCUGACUGAUGCCGAAGACAACUUGCAUCAUAUGGAAAAUCUAAGCUCUGAUGGAAUAUCACUCAAUGGUUACUAUGGUUCCCAACCAAAUGUGCCAGGACUGGUACAACUAAACUUAAUGGAGCCACCACAUGAUAGUUACUAUGUUGAUCAAGAAAGUAUGCAAGGGCUGGGACAAUUAAACUCCAUAGGACCAAACCAUGAAGGAUUUUUUGGGGCUCAACAAAGUGUUCAUGGGCUGGGGCAUUUGGAUUUUCGUCCAUCUUCUAGCUUCUCUUAUAGUUUACAGGAUGAACAUAAUUUAAGAUCUACAGAGUUACGUGGAGAUGCUUCUAGACACACAUGAGAAAGAAUUAUCUUCCUUCAUUGGUCAACUUGUAGACAUCUGCACAAGAUAGCUUCCAUACUAUAUGAGAAUGGUUCCAGAGGAAGCUGGAUGAGGAAUAAUGACAAUGCGGGAUGAAGGUCAUCAACCAAAAAGGGUGAUUUGCUUAUCUGGGUCUAAGAUUAGAAGAUGGUGCCCAAUCUUGGGUUUAUGCAUGUAGACUUUGUUUGUCAGAGUGAUAUGGCUGUAGAGUUCAUGUGAUAUUUAUAUGGAGUAAAUACAAAAAUUUCGCCUCAGGUACUUCACUACUUGCUCUCCCCUUUCUCUAUGUUCCUCUCUAAAGCAAACAUGCUUCUUGCCCAUUUUGAUAUUGAAGGAGUAUAUAUAUAUAUAUAUAUUGGUUUCUCAAUUUGACCCUAUUGUUAUCUUCUUUGAAAGUUAUUGAUCAUCUCAUGGGGGUCCUAAGUUUGCAUGGCAUUGCUCUAUCCUUGUCUGAAAAUGCAAAUUUAUGAUUUUUGUCAGAUUUCUCCAUUAUAUUGACUUGUCAAUAAUCUAUCUCUUAUGAGCUUCUGCUGAUUCCUUUGAGUAGCCACUUUGAAAAUUUCAUGUGUAUCUUUCCUUGAUUGCUAGUUUUAGAUUACAAUAUGGAAUGGAUUUAGUGGAAUAUUACAGCCAAAAUAUGUUUGCUUGCAAGAGUGAUGAGUACCUGUUUCUUAGGCCUUAGCUGGCGGAGAUGCAACUUAGAACUAUGCAUACUAUGCAUUUCCAUAAGAUACUUCCGCUCAAAACUAUUCAUGGAACUACGAAUUUGAGCUUGAAAAAGUAAGUAUACAAAGUAGCCUUUAUAAAUUACUCCAUCCAAACUUUUGAUGGUACAAUAAUCGUAGACAGUAGACACUUAUUUAGGCAAAGAAGGGAGAGGGAGUGUUGUGGGGUAGAAUAAGGGUAAGUUUACUGUGACAUCUUUCUUUGUUGGAAAGAGGAGAAGGAGAGAUAAAGUUGUAAAAUGGGGUGGGUUGAGGUAAAAUAAUAGUAAUAAACAUUGCCAAAAGUACAAAUAGUAAAAGUGUAACUAUCAAAAAGGAAUGGAUAUAAAUGGAAAAUGUAAAUGUCAAUAAAAAGAAUAAACGGAGUAUGUUUUUAAUCAAUCUAUUAACAAAAUUUAAGGAUAAUCAUAAUACUAGUUGAGGAACCUUUUUGUUAUAAUGACGAUAAUAAAGCAAUGAAUAAAGAAUAAUGGAGACAAGAAUUAACGUGGUUCACUAACAAUGUGUUAGGCUGUUAGCUACAUCCACAUAGGAUAAAUGUUUUAUUAUCAUCUUUAGGGGAGAGUACAAAUUACAGAAUAUGGAGGCACAAGAUAAUUACAAGGUAUAUAUAUAGUACCCUUCUAAUUAAUCUAAAUAGAUGGGAAACUAGACCCCCGUGUUUGGUUAAUCCUAAUGCCAAUAAUUCAAGGCAUAGUUUGACACUUUGAGCUGCACGAGAAAAAUUAAACUCGGACGGUCAAAAGAACAUGAAAAAAUAAA